UAUACACACCAUCUCCUUCCCCAUUUCGUCGAAAGACUCAAAGGCCAUCUAUCCCUCUCAUUUUAUAUCAACAUGGACUUCUCUUCUUCAAAGAAAACCUUGAGAAUUUCAUUAGCAGUAGCUGAUGCAGCAUCAUGUUACUGUGCUAUUGUCCUAUUAUGCCUAAUAUUAUUGGGGUCUAUUAGAGAGAGUUCUAUCACAGAAGAGCCUGUCAAGGGGAACCAGUUUUUUGGCAGACCUUGUGAUGAAAUAUAUGUUGUUGGAGAAGGGGAGACCCUCAACACCAUCAGUGAAAAGUGUGACGACCCGUUUAUAGUGGAGCAGAACCCGCAUAUCCAUGACCCAGAUGAUGUUUAUCCUGGACUUGUUAUCAAGAUCACCAGUUCAAAGUCAAGGAAGAUGAUGAAGAGGUAGUUCUUGGAGAUGAGAUAUGGCUUCUUGAUAGGAAUACAUAUACCAAAUUAAUCAGCAUGCUUGUUUUUUUCAAAAAAAACUUCUUACACACAUGCUUUAAUUUCUAUUUAAUUUUAUUUACUUUGUAAUAGGAAAAGAAAUAUAUAUAUAUAUAUAUACCAUACAGUUUUCAAUAAGUUCAAAGCUUCAAUUGGGUCCUUGGUGUCCUUUUGAGAUUAGAGAAAGGUCUUUUUGUAGUUCCAUUUCAUUUUAUUAUACUCCUUCUGUAUAUGUGAGAGAGAUACAUCUACUACUCAUGCAUCCUCUACACUCUCUGUAUAAAAUGAUUCACAGCUAUAGCAAAUUUAUUUGGGAUUGUCCUGAUC